UCGCCGCGCCACAACAUGCGCCAUUUUCCCUCCUGAGGAGCCGCAGACGAAGUUACAGCAUUGUCGGACAGCGCUCGAUUCGCCGAGAUGGCAGUGUGAAAGUGUGCAGCGACCCAGCAGCCUCCCUCCAAACAGUGCAUCCAGCCAGUGCACUGAGUCUCCUCUCAUUCAGUCAACAUGUCGUCCUUCGUGGAAACCCUCAGCACUGCUGCUUUCGACAGCAUAAAAGAGCUCGCCGCCUGCCUAAUAACAUCGUCGCACACUCCAUUUGUGACCAACAACAGCCACUAUGACCAUGAUGAUGACAAGCUCACAGUUUGGCCUGGAAGACAUGGAGGCCAUCCUCUGGGGGCCUUCCUCUCCCAUGGCUGACGCCGUGGACUCCCUGAUGUUUCACCCUGAUACAGAAGAUAAACAGAGCGUAGGAGGAACCUCGCUGGAGGGGGACACAGCUCCUGUGUCGCCCCUCCCCUCCUCAUCGCUGUCUUCUUCCUCCUCGCCCCCUCCCUUCUACUCUCCUCCGCCCUCGCCGCCGGCCACCCUCCUCCAUGGGGACAAAGUCGGGCCCGAGCCGGACCUGCUCUCCCUGUCUUGGUUCAGCGACCCGGGUCAGCUGAGGUCCAGCCAGACGCUGUCUGGUGACGGCAGAGACAUGCUCAGCGACCUGGACUGGAUGGCUGAGAAGAUGGAUCUAAGUGAGUUUGACCUGGACUCUCUGAUUGAUGCCUGCAGUCCUCCUGAAGAGUCUCCCGCCUCUCCAGAAGACCUCCUGGCCUCCCUAGAUUGCCCCAUGGACCUGGAAACUCUCCCACUGCCACAUCUCUCAGCUCCAGUGCCCCCGAGCCUUCCCUCCGAGUCUCUCACAGUAGAGCCCCCUCCUAUUCCAGACACAGUCUGCUCAGAUGCCGUUAUCACAGACGACGAGCUUGAAUCUUUCACUGAUGGGCAGGAGGUUCCUUCCUCUCCCCUGUGUGUCCCCGAGCCACAAGAGGAGCUGGAAAUCAAAUCUGAGCCUGCUUCUCCAGACCCUCCACCCCCUGUGGUGGACUCCCCCUCGUCCCCAGCAUACACCCUGGACCUGGGCAGUGAGGUGGACGUCUCUGAGACCGAGGUGAAGCUGGUGGACGUGUGUGAGACCGAGGUGAAGCCGGUGGUGGCGGCGGCUGUGGUCCCUCAGCUCCCGAGGCUCGUGCUGUCCCUUUCACCAACUCGCAUCGUCCUCGUGCUCGCUCGCCAGAGCGAAGUAGCGCUCACCACCGCUCCAGAGGUCACCCGGUGCUCGCCACCUGCCUCCCCCCCGCAGACGUCCUCCAGAAGCAGACCAUACCCAGACCCCAGAGCCAGUCCCCCCUCUCCCACCGUGACCUGCAUCAAAGUGAAGGCCCCCCGAGGGGCGGAAAGGGCGGCUCUCAAGAUGCCCAAGGACAAAAAAACCAAGAAGAUGGAGCAGAACAAAACGGCGGCGACGCGUUACAGGCAGAAGAAGAGAGCAGAACACGAUGCGCUGGCCGAAGAGCACGCGAUGCUGGAGAGGAAGAAUGUGGAGCUCACUGAGAAGGCCGAGUCUAUGAGCAGAGAGAUCGAGUACCUGAAAGAGCUGAUGGAGGAGGUCCGCACCACAAGGCUCAAGAUCGGUCUCACUCCUGACCCCUAGUGGAGGGAUAGAGUCAUAGCAAUAGAAAGAGAAUGAUGUAACAGAGUGGGCAGAUGAGCUUUUAUUUCUAAAGUGCAAAUGUGAACCAGUAUAAUAUCUAUUCUGUCACACAGCAUGACUUGGAUCUAUAAUCCCACAGAACUGGUGUUUGACCUCUGAAUGCAGCUGAUCCUGGCAUUAUAUAGAAUACUCCUCGUAGGUUGUAGUUACAUGGAACAAAGUAUUUUGCAUUCAGUAUAUGAACAUGUGUGGUGUCUUUUAAUCUUUUCAUAUAUAUAUGGACCUCUAUUAAGUCUUCAAAUGUCUGUAUUUUAGUAUCACCAGAGUAUCUGUAUUAACAAGCUCCUAAUAAAGUCUUGAACCAAA